ACGAGAGAUGUCUGUGACCUAAUAGAUGUUAGGGACUUUCUAUACAUAUAUAAACCAACACAUAUAAUCAAAGAAUAAGGUUAUCAUUUUGAAAAGGAACAUGGAACAUUUGCAAAAAUUUGUGUCGAACAAAUUUACUUUAACUUUAUGUUUUGGUGGCAUAAGUGCACUCACCGCCUUUACAAUAUUGCGAAAUAAGAAGGAAAAAAAUUCUCAAAAGAAAGGAAAAUUAUAUUUUCAUUCAGUUUUUCGGUCUAAUAGAUGUAUAUGGCUUCUAAGAGAAUUAAAUGCUUUAGAAGACUAUGAACUGAUUGAUGUCGAUGUUUGGGAUAAAACUUCGAAUGAAAGCAAGAGUUACACAGAAACAGUUCACCCACACACAACAGUACCUGCUUUACAAUAUGAUGACUUAACUCUACUGGAAUCUGGAGCUAUUUGUAUGCAUUUGGCCGAAAAAUACAACAGCUUGAUACCAACAGACUUAGGAGAGCUAUACAAUAUUUUGUUUUAUGUCUGUGCGACAUUGGAUGAGGUUCAGGAAAAAUUGUUUGUUCAAUUUUUCUUCAACGAAAAAAAUGGAACUGAGGACAAAAAUGAAAUUGAACAUGCAACACAAAAAUUUAAUGCAUGUGCUAAAUAUCUAGUAACAUGUCUGCGUGAAAAGGAAUAUAUCUGUGGUGACAAAUUUUCAGUUGCAGACUGUGUAUUGGGUUAUAAUAUGUGGUGGGCAUCAGAAAUGAAAGAAGGGAUUCUAAUCCAGAAGUACCCAGAGUUACUGUCCUACUUAGAAAGACUGAAAAGUCGUCCAGCAUUUCAACAGACAUGGGCGAGUUCUAAACCUGUCGUGUAAUUACUUUUGUUAACCCAAUUGUACCCCAAUCCAAGUUCCAGCAGACCAUUUUUAUCCAAUCAAUUUGUCAUAGAAGAUCAUAAAGAUUUUCUAGAAUUUACAGGGAAAAGUGGCAAAGCAGUUGAGUGGGGAUAUUCUCAAAGUCGGAUGGAUUGUCUAAAACUUUACAGGGAAAGGUGGCAAAUUACGCAGUUGAGUAGGGGGGGUUCUCAAAGUCGGGCGAAGUAGUACAUUUCGCAUUCCGUAUUUGUAAGCCAAACAAUUUCGGCUUUAAGAAUCUCUUCGAUUGCAAUUGUAUUUCAACAACCGUUUUCGCUCUCCUUAAUCUUUUAGACAGUUCAUUCAAUAUUAAAGAGAAUUGGCAAGUGAGGAUGGUCUACUGGAAUACUAGAUGAAAAAAUAAAACCGGUGAAACUGAAUUUCGAACAUGCUUUUAAAUAACAUUGAUCUUUGUCUUGUUAAAUAUAUUUAAAUAACUUAUUCUCAUGUGUAAGUGUUGGUCAUAUGCGUGACAUCG